GGUGCGGAGGAGAAACCUGACACCUGAGGAAGAGUUACUUCGGCCGUUCGGCGGUGGCAGAAAAGAGAAGGAGAAGAGAGAGGCAGCACCAACGAAACAGGUUCUCAUAGAGAUAGAGGCUGUCAGAAUAACUGGAAAGUCCAGAGGUAUCCCAAUGGAGCAAGCUCUCAAGGAGGCAGAGGCUACUGUGGAAGUGGCAGAGCACGACGAACAUGCUCCCGAGGAGAUUCAGGCUACUACAGUAGAGGACAAGUUGAAGAAGCUUAAUCUGAAGAAAAAGCCGAGGAGGCGCAGGGGUAAGAACAAGGUUGUGGAUGAAUCUCUUUCUGAUCCAAAUGCCUACGAAGCUCGUCUUCAUCGAAAAUUCUGGGAUUCAACAUUUGCUGGCCCACGAUAUGGUUCCUACGAGACCACAACUUCUAUCCCUCCCAUGCGAUUCACUGAUGAUGAGUGUGACCUCGCUGGACCACUUGAGACUCUUCAGAUUUUUUCAAUCAAAGUCGUUGGAGUAAAGAAGGGGAUAUCUUGGCCACUUAGUCUCUAUGGCAAGAUUGCGGCGCGCGACACAGUUGAUCGCAAUCGCAAUAUCAUCUUUGAUUGCGACAGGGAUAACUGUGAAAUCCUCUACGAGGAUGUACUUAUAUAUUCUCCAAAAAUACUAUUUUCUCUUUUUUAACUUUUUCAACCAUAGUAUUCUCGAAAAGCAUGCCCUACAACUAACAAAGAGAUAUGAAUAAUUAUAUAAUUUGAGCUGGAGAACUCAUGGCAUGUAUCUUGUGGUUGGUUGAAAAUCCUAAUAAU